AUGGCAUCGUCAAAGAAGAAGAAAGAAAAAAAGAAAGAUUUUAUUAAACAAAAACUUCGGGUGGGUAAAACCAAACCCAAAUCAACAACCUACACAGAUACUUCUUUCCGCUCGCGCGCAAUCUCUCUACCCUCACAAGUUCUUGUACAAUCCGACAAGCCUCUAGCGUUUUAUUUACCUCUUCUUCGUCAUCAGAACCGGACGACUCGUCGUGAAGCUCUUGGACACAUUCAGCGGACCUACAUUUCUUCAUCUGCAUCAGCGUCUGUGGCUGAUCUCCAGCAAAUUGUUCAAAAAAUAUGUCCCUUAUUGCUAGACACUUCGGCUAGUGUACGAGCUGCUGCUGCAACAGCUCUUGCAGAAGUCCCACCAGCAAUCUUAGACACUAGUACGGCUCACAUUGCACUGUAUUUGAACAUGGCAAUGACACAUAUCCGACCCGAGGUCCGUGACACGUCGACGCGCGCGCUGGACGUGCUUGUGGAGCGGGUGCCACGGCAAGUAUGUCGAGUAGCGUUUGCUGCGUCGUUACGGUGUUUUGUGACGUUACUUGGGUGGCAAGAUGUGGUUAAAAGUAUUGCAACAGAACGAGCCAAAGAGGCGGCAAGGGCUCGAGAUAGAUCUGGUGGGGAUAGAAGUAGUAGUGGGAAAAAUGGUAAAGGAUUUGUAAGUACAAACACAAGUACGAAUAGCAUUAUUGCAGGAGCAGCAUUGGAAUUGAAUAGAGAUGUUAUUAAAGCUCGCACAGCUCAUGUCAAGUCGCUGGCUGGACUAUUAAAGAUUGGGUUGAUGGAUGAAGCACAGAUGGAUGCAUAUACUGAGAAAUCGUCAUUGAAUGAAGAAGAAGAAGAAGAAGAAGAAGAUGAUGAUGAUAGUGAUGAAGAUGAUAAUAUUGAUGAAGAGAAAGUUGGAAAUGGAGAAAAUAAGCCAGAUCAGGAUGAUAUUGUGGAGGUUGUUGUUGUUGAAGGGGGUAAGAAUCGACCUUCGUUUGCCCAACUUGCAAUGUCUAAAUUUAUAACCCCCAGUACAUCAGUUCCAUAUCUUUCGUUAGACUUAUUUUCUGGUGAAAAGACCGGGUUCCCUUCUGGUAAGCCUGAAUUUUCAAAACCAGAGAAAAAUGGUAGUAGUGGCAGUGGCAGAGGCAACAGCAACAACAACAGCAACAACAACAACGGCAGCAAUAGUCCUGGCCUAGGAUUGUCGACAGGAGGAGUUUCGGCGGUUGGAUUGGACCCUGCCAAUGUUACAGUGACUGAAGAUUGUGAGUCACGACGACAGUUAGUGGAUUAUUAUAAGCCAGCUUUUGAGCUUGGAUUAAAUACACUGCUCAAGGAAGGAGGUGAGCUUGGUAGACAUGCCAAACAUGCCUUGGAAGUUUUAGAAACGUUACAAGAAUAG